GAGACCGCACGUUUAUUUACCUCCUCCCACCCCCCGCGUUCCUUCGCUCUCCGUCACUGGUGGCUCUAGGGUUUUUAUCGAGCACCACCACCACCAACUAACAUGGCGGGAACAGGAAUCCACCCAUACCACCAGCAAUGGCCGCCAGCACAAGCUCCUCCACCACCACCACCCUCCGCCCCAGGCGCUCCUCCUCCUCCCGUCCAUCACGCUCCACCUCCCGUUCUCGUCGAUAACUCCAAUCGCGGCCCUCCCACUCACGAUGAGGUUCGAACAAUAUUUAUAACGGGAUUCCCUGACGAUGUGAAGGAGAGAGAAUUGCAGAAUUUGCUGAGAUGGUUGCCUGGUUAUGAGGCUUCACAAGUUAAUUAUAAAGGAGAGAAAGCUAUGGGUUUUGCUCUGUUUUCGUGUGCCCAGCAUGCUAUUGCUGCUAAAGAUGCUCUCCAGGACAUGGUUUUUGAUGCGGAUACUAAGUCUGUGUUGCACACAGAGAUGGCUAAGAAGAAUCUCUUUGUUAAAAGAGGAAUAGUUGCUGAUUCUAAUGCUUAUGAUCAAAGCAAACGUUUGCGAACUGGUGGUGAUUAUUCCCACACUACUUAUACUAGUCCAUCUCCAUUUCACCCUCCUCCUCCUGUUUGGGGACCACAUGGGUACAUGACUCCAGCUCCGCCCCCAUAUGAUCCAUAUGGAGGUUAUCCUGUUCCUCAAGUACCAAUGCCUCCGCCUGCUCCUAUCCCAGCUCCUAGCAGCUAUGUGCCAGUUCAGAAUACAAAAGAUAACCCUCCUUGCAAUACUCUAUUUAUUGGCAAUCUUGGAGAGAAUAUCAAUGAGGAUGAAUUGAGGGGUCUAUUCAGCGUGCAACCUGGUUUUAAGCAAAUGAAGGUUCUGAGACAAGAAAGGCAUACUGUUUGCUUUAUUGAGUUUGAAGAUUUGAACAGUGCAACAAAUGUGCACCAUACUUUGCAGGGUGCUGUUAUUCCGAGUUCUGGAUCUGUUGGAAUGCGGAUACAGUAUUCGAAGAACCCAUUUGGGAAAAGGAAGGAUGGGAUCCACCAUGUUGCUUCUCCUAGUGCCAAUGGAGCUCCACCACCAAUUACCUAUCAGUAGCUUGAAGGGGAUGUACUCUGAUCUUUUGCUCCGAGAAAUUCAUGAUAGGAUGCAUCUUGCAGCUGUUGCAUGCAUCCAUUUCAUCAUCAAUAUCGGCAUUAGCAUCCCUUCUCAUCGUGAAUGAAUGCACGUACUGCUAUCAUGAAUACACCAUUUGCUCAUGUUAUACUAUUUUGUCCAGGACAUGCAUUUGUCAGCAGCAUGUGUUGUUGCGUGGAUAACUUAAUAGUUCUGAUAUGUUUACCAUUUGUAGCAAGUGUUGCAUGACAGCUGUUUUUUGGAUUUGUGUGCUUUUCAUAUUCUGUUCAUAUCUGCAUCUAUAUUAGGUACGCUUAUCUCUGUAGACAUCUUGUGUACGAAGUUCCCCACACUAGGUUCAAUUAUAUCACAUUAUUUGACAUGACAUCCAGAGGAAAUUCAGUGUACAUUUCAUGGCACCAGUUUAACAAGACCAUUCACACUAUAUGAAUCAUGUAUUAUUUCACAUGGCAUUCAAAGGAAAUUAAGAGAUACAUUUUAUUACACGAGCUCAACAAGGCAAGAUCAUGUAUUCUUAAACAUUUUCAUUACACGAGUUUAACCAGGAAAAUGCACACCAUCAAUCAUGUAUUCUUAACCAUUACCACUAACAUUUUGACUACUACCUCUGACGGUGUUUGUAAGUGAAUAUUCCACCCAUCAGCUUGAACAAAACAUACUCAAUGACUUAGCAUCUAGGUUAUUCAAAGCAUAAUAAUGUGAAGAGUGUAGGGAAAUACAUGCCCUUGUGAUUUAUAUGCAGGAUUGUACAAACUACAAAAUGACAAGCUUCCAGUCAUCUGAGGAUGUCAAGUGCCUGCAGCUGUUUUUAAUAUGAGGUAAUUGUACUUGUUUCGGGAAGAGUGGUGGGUAAAUAUCGUCUGGAUGUGAAAUUGACAGCUUUUGAAGAGAUUGUCUUUUGGAUUAUUUCAACUGAAGGGAACUUGAGAGAUGAAAGGUUGGAGCUUGAGAAUGCAAUGACAAGGAAACUCUCAGCUCACCUCAGACUGCGCGCAUUCCAUAAUUAUGCCAGUGCUUGUGUUGAAUUUUUUUAGUCAUCCUUGAUGGAUUUUUUUGGGCGAUUAAAUAGAUUGGUAUGGGGAAAAUGUUGGUCUGAGAAGAGAAGAGAUAUAUACCAAAGUACACUAGUUAUUUUU